AUGUUCGCCGUCCCAGGAUGGUCUGUUUCCGCAAGUGCUUUGAAGACUCAGGUCGCAGAGUCUUCAAACCCGGUACCGAACAAUUCUACCACAGCACCCACGAACAAUAGCCAUGAUGGUACAGAUGAGAAAUCGAACAAGAAGAGGAAGCGAAGCAAUGGAGCAAGCAAGCAGAAGGAUGUGAAUGGAAAUAAUUUGGCGGACCUUUGGGAGAGUGUUAUCGAGGGGAAGAAGAAGAACAAGAAGCAUGAUAAGAAGAGGCAAAAAGUCGGGAAAGAUACGGACACACGAGUGGUUGAGAACGCCGAGGGCAGAGAGAUUCAGAGUGGGGAUGAGGAUAAAACACCGAAAGAAAGGAAGCACCAGAAGUCCAAGAAAGAGAAGAAACGCGAGAAGAAAGCCGCUCUUGAGCAAUCUGCAGACGACACUACUCCCGUGAAGGCCGAAAACACAGCUUCCAAGAAACCCGCACCAACACCAAAGCCAGCACCACAACUCACUCCCCUCCAAGCCUCCAUGCGCCAAAAACUAAUCUCAGCACGCUUCCGCCAUCUCAACGAAACCCUCUACACAAAACCCUCGGCUCACUCCCUCUCCCUCUUCCAAGAAAACCCAGAAAUGUUCAGCGAGUACCACGAAGGUUUCCGACGCCAAGUUGAAGUCUGGCCCGAGAACCCCGUCGAUUCCUACAUCAACACCAUCAAGACACGAGGUAAGAUACGAGGACCACAACGUGGAAAAUCCGACAAGAAAGCCGAGCAAAGUCUACCAACAGACGCCCCGCUUCCAAGAACAGAAGGCACAAGCACAAUCGCCGACCUAGGCUGCGGUGACGCUGCUCUCUCUAUAGCCUUACAGCCACUAACAAAAAAACUACAUAUCAAGAUCCACAGUUUUGACUUACAGUCUCCAUCUCUUCUCGUUACAAAAGCAGAUAUUGCGAACCUCCCUCUCGCAGACGGCUCAGUGGAUAUUGCCAUCUUUUGCCUAGCGUUAAUGGGAACGAAUUGGAUUGACUUCAUUGAAGAAGCCUUCAGAAUCCUGAGAUGGAAAGGCGAGUUAUGGGUUGCUGAGAUCAAGUCCCGGUUUGGGCGUGUUGGAGGAAAGGGGAAGAGGGUUGAGCAUAGUGUUGGCAAGCGCCAGAAAACUGGGCCAGAGAACAAGAGGGAGAAGAAGCGGGCGGAAGAGGAGAGCAAUGAUCUCGUUGCGGCCGUCGAAGUUGAUGGUAUGGAAGACAAGGGUGGAGAGACGGAUGUCAGUGCGUUUGUGGAGGUGUUAAGGAAGAGGGGGUUUGUGUUGAAGGAGGGAGAGGGAGGUGUGGAUUUGAGGAAUAAGAUGUUUGUUAAGAUGUGCUUUGUUAAGGGUGCUACACCCGUCAAGGGGAAGUGUGUGCCUGUUCCGAAGGGAAUGGAGAAGUUUGGUGGGGGUGAGACGUGGAUGAAGAAGCCGAAAGGGAAAUUUAUUGAGGAGGAAGAGGAGCGUGUAUCGAGUGAGGCGGGUGUGUUAAAGCCUUGUGUUUAUAAGCUGAGAUAG